UGUAGUCCAGAAUACAUACAUGUCGGGUUGUUUCAUCGCAGCCGCGGAUUCGGCGAGCGUUGAGGCGGCGGCGCGGCCUCGUCGUCGUCUAAGCUGCAUCCUACUGUUGGGUCAAGAGGCGGGUUUUGGCGCUCGCUCUAUUUGUUAUGGUUCUGGGAUCGUGGAAUCCGUCAAUUGAAAUUAAAAAUUCCCUGCUAUUUCUUGGACACUUCUUGUGUAGCCAUAAACCUGAAGCGUUUCAAGUGCGUGUUACAUAAAUCAGAGAAAUUGAUAUUGGAAGUGUUUUUCCUUCAUUGUAUACAACCUGCUUGACGAAAUGUCAUGGAGAAUCAGGUUGUCUUUGAACUUCUUGCAGUGUUAUUUUACUUGUGGCAUGCGUGCUUUGGGUUGUGUGAUUUUCUCCGUGAUGGCGAGUGAUGAGGAAUUGAAGAAGGCUCGAACUGUGGAGGCUCGUGCGAGGAAUAUCAGCCACAAUGUCAGGUGUACUGAAUGUGGCAGCCAAUCCAUUGAAGAUUCACAAGCAGAUGUUGCUAUUUUGCUCAGAAAGCUGAUUCGAGAUGAGGUCCGGGCUGGCAAAACUGACAAGGAGAUAUAUAAAAAGCUAGGAGAGGACUUUGGCGAGUCCGUACUCUAUGUCCCUCGUUUUGAUCUACAAACUGCUGCUUUAUGGUUGUCACCGUUCCUCAUCGCUGGGACUGCAGCCGGAGCAUGGGCGUAUAGGAGGUACAGACAGAAGACCAAUGUGCACAUAAUGGCACUGAACCUUGUUAGAGGUGUUCCCUUGACCCCCACGGAGAAGGAGACAAUGCUUGACCUCCUCAAACCACCUCCAUCUCCAAGAAGAAAAUGGUGGAAUUGAUGUAAGCUAACAUAUCUGCACAUUUUUUUAUCUACAAGUGUGUAUUUUGCUACCAGAGAGAUCCUGUCUGAAAUAAUCAUACGAUUGAUGCAAAAGUUUGGUCGUUAAACACCUUAUUCCAUA